UUGUUUUUGUGGUAAAAUCCUCCCUCUCUACAUAAAGGUUUUGCCCUGACUGCAAAUCUCUUUCUGUUCAGUCUGCAUUCUCUCUGCUGUCACUGAUGGACUCCUUCAAGCUGCUCCUGUGUUUGUCUCUAAUUUCUGCAUCUACAGCUCUGCAGCAGGAUGUGCAGGUGAAGCUUGGAGAGAACGUCACUCUUCAGUGUCAGAUCUGCAAACAUGAAACCAUCUCAGUGCUGAAGUGGAGCAGAGCUGACCUGAACACAGACGGCUACAUCUACUUCUACAGGAACAGGCGCUCCUAUCAAAACUACCAGCAUCCAUCUUUCCACGGCCGAGUGAAGCUGAGGAACCCGGAGAUGAAGGACGGAGACGUUUCUCUGAUCCUGGAGAACGUGACGUUUAAUGACACUGGGAUAUAUGAGUGUCACAUAGCAGUGAGGAAACCUGGGAGAAGUAGCAGAGCUCACACUGAGAUCAGCCACUUCAUCAACCUCACAGUCACAGGUGAAACACAUGGAAACAUGAUGGAGACGAACGUCACAGAAGGAGAACGUGAAGAUGAAAACACGCUUGAUGUGCACAUAGACAAGACCCAGCAACUUCUCUACAGCUCUGCACCUUCUGCUUGA